AUGGAUCUGGAGGCGCGUCAAUCUGCUGCGGCCGCCAUCGCUGCUCGUCUGGCCAAGGCGCUCCCACCAGGCCCACCUCCGCCCCGUCCGCCCCCACCGGCACCCGCUGAUGAGGCGACGGCGACGACGGGGCCACCGGCCCCUCAGAACCCGCACGAUUUUGCGGCUCGAUUGAUGAACAAGUACGGGUACCAAGAGGGCCAAGGCAUCGGCGCCGAGGGGAACAAGGGCAUCCUCACGCCGCUGCUUUCGACGUCGUCGGGCAAAGGUCGGGGCACCAUCCAGAACGAGAGGGAGGAGGCCAAGCGGCGCGAGGAGCGCGAGCGAUUCGGAGACGUGUCCAACGCCGUCGUGCUCUACAAUCUGGUCAAGCCCGAGGAGCUCGAAGACGAGCGCGAGAGGGAAGAGGUGCUCGGUGAGAUCCGCGAGGAAUGUAGCAAGCACGGCUACAUUUCCUCGCUCUCUCCGCUCCUGCCCUCUUCUACGUCCUCGGCGCAGGAGAGGCAGAGGGGCGUGGGCAUCCUCGUCGAGUACACGGGCGAGGCGGGAGCGUGGAGGGCCGUGCGCGCCCUCGACGGCCGCUUCUUUGCCGGCCAGACGGUCAGGGCCCGCUUCUACCACCGGCCAGGAUGA